AUGGACUUCUUCAGCAGUCACUACAUCUACAACUUCAAUUACACCUUACUGCAUGACAAUGAUUAUAACUAUGCAAAUUACACCAUGUUUGAAGAGUUUGACUUUCAAAAGAUAAAAACAGCAACAGUCUCAUAUGUGAUCGCAUGGAUCGUGAUCUUGAUCGGUUUUCCAUUGACCUUAUUGGCCAUCUACGCUCUGUAUUCACUGGUGCGAGAGGACCAUGUGGCUCCAGUCUAUGUUAUCAACCUCCUGAUCUCUGACCUCAUCCAGAUGUGCUGCUUAGUGAUCUGGGUGGCAAAUUCCGGGACAUCUGCAGUCUUCUAUGUCUUAAAAUUUAUCUACUACAUUGGUGUGAUGGUUAGUGUUGGCUUCAUGGUGUGUAUUGCCCUGGAAAGGUAUCUGGUCAUUGCCUGCCCGCUGUGGUACCGCUUCAGACGAAGCAUCAAGUUCUCUUUGUUUGUCUCCAUUUUCGUCUGGGCCUUAUCUUUAAUUGAGUUCCUUAUCACAUGGUUAACAUCUGAAUUGCACCCACUCGUUUUCCGCACUGUCUUCCUCCUCCUCCCGUUUCCUCUGCUCAUCUUCUUCCUGGCUGGAACCCUCAAAGCUCUGUCAGCGGCCAUUUCUGUUCCUCUGAAAGAAAAACGGCGAAUUGUGGGGACUUUAGUUCUGGUGCUCCUAAACUACACCGUGCUGUUCUCCCCCUGGGUCAUUCGGCUCCUGGAACUGUUAUACAGACCUUCACAUCAUGAUGUCCAUGAUUCAGAUUUAUACCUGCCAUUCCUUCAGUUCAGUCCUCUUGCAGACCUGGUCCUGUAUGUCUUCAUGAGGAAAGGAGCUGUAGACAAGCUGUUGGCCCACCUGUGCUGUAGGAGGAUGACAGGAGAAGAAGAGCAGGGUCAGGUCACCUCCACGGAUAAAAAAGACACAGAAGAAACAUGCUCGGUGUAG